UCAUUACCCCCAAAUAAUCAAUAUAGGCCGAUCAAGAUUGAACUCGCACGGCACCACCCGCCUGCCUGCCGCCAUCUCCAGCCGUAAUUGGAGAGAAAAAGGGGAAGUGAGAGAUAUCGAGGGCUGUUAGUUGGGAUCGCAAUACAAAUUCAAGAUUAAGCUCUUCCUUCAUUUUUGAGGACAAUUUAUUAAUACAGAAAUCUUGCGAGCUCAAAAGGAGUUUUUCUUCAUCUGAUAAAAGGGAUGUCGCAGAAAUUCUCUGCCACACUCAGAAUUGGGGAUUUGAAUGAUUACAUAGCUCCCUCACAGGGCUGUGUAGUUUCCCUCAAAUCUAAUUCUAAUAGAAUCAACAAAUCCGAGAAUGUGGGAAAAGCUGGAGCUUUGAGCAAACCAGUACAAACAGAACCCGUCAAAAUUUCUCUCAAAGAUUGCUUGGCUUGCAGUGGGUGCAUUACGUCAGCAGAAACAGUCAUGCUUGAGAAGCAGAGCUUAGAUGAGUUCCUUUCCAAUUUGGAAAAGGGAAGGACGACGGUUAUUGUCUCUCUCUCCCCCCAGUCUAGGGCCGCUCUCGCUGUUCAUUAUGGACUUUCUUCACUUCAGGUUUUCAGGAAGCUCACAACACUUUUUAAGUCUCUGGGUGUGAAAGCUAUAUUUGAUACCAGCUGCAGUAGAGACUUGACCCUAAUAGAAUCUUGUAACGAGUUUAUGGUGCGAUAUAAACAAUCCCAAUGUACUAGUAGUGGUGAGUCAAAGCCACCUUUACCUAUGAUUUCUUCCGCAUGUCCAGGUUGGAUAUGUUAUGCUGAGAAGACCCUUGGUUCUUACAUUCUUCCAUACAUUUCUUCAGUCAAGAGCCCCCAACAAACUAUUGGUGCAGUCGUCAAGAAUUUUAUAUGGCCAAAGCUAAGUGUAAGACCAGAAGAUAUAUACCAUGUGACUGUAAUGCCAUGUUAUGACAAGAAGCUCGAGGCUGCUCGUGAGGAUUUUGUGUUUCAAGUGGAUACAGAUAGUGAAAAAAUUACAGAGGUUGAUUCAGUUUUGACAACAGGAGAGGUUUUGGAUUUGAUACAGUUAAAAGCAGUUGAUUUUCAAUCCUUGGAAGAGUCCCCCCUAGAUAAAUUGUUCACAAAUAUUGAUGAGGAGGGCCAUCUUUAUGGCGUUCAUGGAAGCUCUGGAGGAUAUGCAGAGACCAUUUAUCGUCAUGUUGCAAAAGUGCUUUUAGAUCAAGAAGUUGAAGGCCCUUUAGCAUUCAAGACUAUAAGGAAUUCUGAUUUCCAAGAAGUGAGCCUAGAAGUGAAUGAUAAAUCUGUCCUGAAAUUUGCAUUAUGUUAUGGUUUCCGGAACCUGCAGAAUGUUGUUAGGAAAUUGAAAAUGGGGAAGUGUGACUACCAUUUCUUGGAGAUCAUGGCAUGCCCUUCAGGAUGCUUAAAUGGCGGCGGACAAAUAAAGCCACAACCUGGGCAGUCGGGGAAAGAGUUGAUUCAGCUGUUGGAGACAGCUUAUGUAGAAAAUGUUGUGGUUGCUGAUCCUUUCAACAAUCCCAUCACAAAGGGCCUAUACAGUGAGUGGCUUGAACAGCCUGGUUCAGAGAAAGCAAAGAGGUACCUGCAUACUGAAUAUCAUCCUGUAGUGAAAAGUAUCACUUCACAGUUGCAGAACUGGUGAGAUGCAAAAUAUCAGCUUUUAACUGAUUGGCCAAGUUCCAACUGUUCCCUUCUGGUGUUUUUCUGCAAGAGCUUCCCAAGUGGGUUUUGAUACUACACUGAAUUGUUCACAAUCUAUGUUCAUGAGUCUAUGCACCACAAUUUUGGUAGUGAAAGUGUUCACCCCAUCCUGUAAAUAUUUUGUCUUGCAAAUUACACAAAAGUCUAGGUUGCAAAACAUUGUUCCCCAUCUGGAUUGGAGUAUUAGUGCUGUACGUUUCAUAUCCCACAACCCCUGAUCUUUAUUUAUUUGGCCACUUAGUUUGUAUUUGUUAGAAACUUUUUUUUAUGCCAAUAGUAAAUAUCACCAGAAUCCUAGC